AAUCCGAUCCCAAUACCCAAUACCUGAAACCAUAGUUACCAGUGAUGGUGCCACGAACAGGCGAACUGCCAACUUCAAGCCAAACAUUUGGGAUUAUGAUUCUGUGCAAUCAAUACAAAGCAUGUUCACGGGGGUCACCUGCAAAAGUCGAGUGGAGAAGUUGAAGGAGGAUGUAAGGCUUUUGCUCAUAAAUAAUAACCAAAUGGUCCCAUUGGCUCAGCUCGACUUGAUUGACGACCUCCAAAGGUCAGGUCUGGAGUAUCACUUUGAGAAGGAAAUCAAGGAAGCAUUAGAUGCCGCGAUAUCAAUCAUAAACAGAAGUGGGAGAAUAAGUGGUGUUGAUGAUCUCCAUUCUACAGCUUUAUACUUCAGGCUCCUCAGGCAACAUGGUUAUUUUGUGUCACAAGAUGUUGAUGUGUUUAGUAGCUUCAUGGAUGAAACGGGUAAUUUCAUGACAAGCCUUUCUGAGGACGUUAAAGGAAUUCUUGGAUUGUAUGAAGCUUUGUACCUUGCUGUAGAGGGUGAAAACAUAAUGGACAAGGCUAAAGCUUUCUCUACCAGAACUCUGAAAGAUCUCAGCAAAGGAAAUAUGGACCCAUACCUUGCUGAACAAGUUGCCCGUGCAUUGGAGGUUCCUUCCCACUGGAGGGUGCCAUGGUCAGAAGCAAAGUGGUACAGUAAUGCAUAUGAGAGAAGAGAACAUAUAAAGCCUACUUUACUGGAACUCGCCAAGUUGAACUUCAACGUGGUGCAAGCUACCCAUCAAGGAGAGCUCAAGGAAAUAUACAAGUGGUGGAAGAAUGAGGGCCUUGUUGAAAACUUGAGCUUUGCAAGGCAUCGACUAGUGGAAUGUUUUUUAUGGGCAGUGGGAACAAUGUUUGAGCCUCAAUAUGGUUGUCUAAGAAAAUGGCUAACGAAAAUCAUCAAUCUGAUUAUCCUAAUUGAUGAUGUUUAUGAUAUAUAUGGCUCAUUGGAUGAACUAAAGCAAUUCACUGAUGCAGUGGACAGGUGGGAUGACAAGAAAAUUGAGCAUCUUCCAGACUAUAUGAAAAUAUGUUUUCUAGCACUUUAUGGAACGACUGAUGAAAUCUCCAGUGGCGUUCAGAAGGGCCGGAAUAUAAACAUCAUAACUCAUCUUAAGAAAGUGGUAAGUACAUUAAUUAUUUAAAGUUUUUUUUCUAUUUCGUUUUUCCCUUCUUGUUCUUCUCUAUCUCAAAGUCAUUUUAUUUGAUAAUCUUGAUUGAACUCAGUGGACAGAUUUUUGUAAAGCAUUAUUGGUGGAGGCAAAGUGGUACAAUAGCAAAUACUCUCCUUCUCUACAAGAGUAUCUAGACAAUGCAUGGAUCUCUUCCUCAGGGGCCAUCCUUCUACUACAUGCAUACUUUGCUCUAGCGGAAGAGACAAGUGAUGAUGAAGCAGAUUCCUGAAGACCAAUCAAGAUCAUAGUUAACAAAUUCGGAUUCGGGAAUUAUUCGAGCGGAGAAUUAUUCGGAAUAAUUCGGUUGAUUAAUUUAAGGACUCGGUCAAAAAAGCGGUCAAAAAA